CCGCCGCCACCCCGCGCAUCGCUCACCUCGGGAGGGGGCUGUGAAGGUGGCGGCAGAGGCAGCCUCGGCUGCGGCUCACCCCGCUGCCGCUCGCCGUGAGGGAGCGCCCCGGCAGCUGCCAGUAAGUGAGCAGUGGACCUGGAAAACUUGGCAGAAAACUCUUUUUCUUUCCUGCUCGUAUCUAUGGAACCUGGUUUGCAAGGUUGAUAUUAAGAUAAUCUGAAGGAAGGAAGUAGUGGAAGACUUUCACCACAACUGUGAAAAAUGAGCAGUGUCAACCUGGUGCUGUAAUUGUCUCCAGGACUUGAACUCUCUAAGACUUAAGGUCUGUUUCAAGCAUCCUGAGUGUGCUGCCAUGAGAGAUGCUGUUGUCCAUGAGAUGCUGGGAUUAUUGUGAUCAAGUGCUGUAUUUUGACUUCACCCAGUGGCUAAAAAAUUUGUGGGGUAAAGACGAAGUGUUGGACUUUUAAAAGAGUUAAACAGGCCCGUGACGGAGGGUUAGCCCAGAUCAGUGGAGUCAUGCGUCACACAGCUCUAUCAUGCUGGCAGCUGUUCCUGGGUCUGGCUGUGCUGCUUGUCUUCACAAGCCCCACUGUGGGCUGCCCAGCCCGCUGUGAAUGCUCAGCACAGAACAAGUCUGUCAGCUGUCACCGAAGACGUCUGAUGUCCAUCCCAGAAGGCAUUCCCAUUGAGACCAAAAUCUUGGACCUCAGCAAGAACCGACUCAAAAGCGUUAACCCUGAGGAAUUCACAUCAUACCCAUUGCUGGAGGAGAUUGACCUCAGUGACAAUAUUGUCUCUAAUGUCGAGCCUGGAGCUUUCAACAAUCUCUUCAACUUGCGCUCCUUGAGGCUGAAAGGAAACCGUCUAAAGCUGGUCCCCCUUGGGGUGUUCACUGGGUUGUCAAACUUAACAAAGCUUGAUAUUAGUGAAAACAAGAUUGUCAUUUUGCUGGACUACAUGUUUCAAGAUCUGCAUAACCUAAAAUCCCUGGAGGUUGGGGACAAUGAUUUGGUGUAUAUAUCACACAGGGCCUUCAGUGGGCUGCUUAGCCUGGAGCAGCUCACCCUGGAGAGAUGCAACCUCACAGCCGUACCAACAGAAGCUCUUUCUCACCUCCAUAACCUCAUCAGCCUGCAUUUGAAACAGCUCAACAUUAAUGCUUUGCCGGCAUACGCCUUUAAAAGACUGUUUCGCCUGAAAGACCUGCAGAUAGAGGCCUGGCCCCUCCUGGACAUGCUGCCUGCCAACAGUCUGUACGGUCUCAACCUGACUUCUCUAUCCAUCACCAACACCAACUUGUCUGCAGUACCUUACUCUGCUUUUAAACAUCUGGUUUACCUGACACAUCUCAACCUCUCUUACAACCCCAUCAGCACCAUCGAGGCAGGCAUGCUGUCGGAUUUAGUGCGCCUGCAGGAGCUCCAUAUGGUGGGGGCACAGCUGCGCACCAUUGAACCACAUGCUUUCCAAGGGCUCCGAUUCUUACGUGUGCUUAACGUGUCCCAAAACUUGUUAGAAACCCUAGAAGAGAAUGUAUUCCAUUCCUCCAAAAGCCUUGAGGUCCUCUGCAUUAACAACAACCCUCUGGCCUGUGACUGUCGUCUUCUUUGGAUUUUACAGCGGCAGCCCACCUUGCAGUUUGGUGGCGAGCCACCAAUGUGUGCUGGCCCAGACAGUGUCAGAGAGAGAUCAUUCAGAGACUUUCACAGCACAGCUCUCUCCUUUUAUUUCACCUGUAAGAAGCCCAAGAUACAAGACAAGAAGUUGCAGUACCUGGUAGUAGAGGAAGGACAGACAGUGCAGCUGAUGUGCAAUGCUGAUGGGGACCCACAGCCUACCAUCUCCUGGGUUACCCCACGUCGAAGGCUGAUCACAACUAAAUCAAAUGGUAGAGCCACUGUGCUGGGAGAUGGCACCCUAGAGAUCCGAUUUGCCCAAGACCAGGACACUGGGAUCUAUGUCUGUAUUGCAAGUAAUGCAGCUGGAAAUGACACCUACUCGGCCUCCCUGACAGUAAAGGGGUUUACUUCAGAUCGUUUCCUUUAUGCCAACAGGACCCCUAUGUAUAUGACAGACUCCAACGACACAAGUUCUAACGGAACUAAUGCAAACAGCUACUCUCUGGACCUUAAGACAAUAUUGGUGUCCACAGCUAUGGGCUGUUUCACAUUUCUUGGAGUGGUUUUAUUUUGUUUCCUUCUUCUUUUUGUGUGGAGCCGAGGGAAAGGCAAACACAAAACCAGCAUUGACCUUGAAUAUGUCCCUCGCAAAAACAAUGGUGCUGUGGUUGAAGGGGAGGUUUCUGGACCACGAAGGUUCAAUAUGAAAAUGAUUUGAUGGUAUUCUGCUAGCAGUGCUUUUUCUGUGGCAUUAAAACCAAUUAAAACAGCCUGGCAUGUGGAAUUGCUAGGCAGAAGCAGCUUAAUGCAGCUGUCAGUGUAUCAAAAGGUUAUAUGAAAAUGGAAAGACUAUUUGUGGUUAUACAACAGAGCCUCCAGACCUUGAGGCAGAUGUGUCAGGGCCUUUCAUAGAACUGGGAAAUUGUACUAACUGUUUGCAUUGCAAAUAUUGGCAUUCUGGGGAUAUCAGCAAUGAACCACUGGCUCAUGCUCAUGGACAAUUGUUCAACAUUUUCUACUGCUACAAAAGGAAAAAGAAAAAAAAAAACCUACAGUGUAGGAUUUACAUACUUAAAGAAAAAGACACAUUUGUCUAAACCACACUCUACAAUGAAAUUUGUAUCCAUAGAUCUCAUUUGGUAAAACUUUGCAUCCUCCCUCUAGCUGGUUCAACACAACAAAAAAAUUGGUAGCUUUUUUUUUUUUUUUAAUCUACAUCUAUACUGUGUACAUUUUGAAGCAAUACAAAUGAGAGGUUGUACUUUUAGAUAUCCACCAAUACUGACCCAAGUGUGAUGUCACUCAUCUUUUAACUACCAUAAAAACACAAAUUAGAUCCUUGUAGUUACUAAUUAGAAAAAAGAUAUUUUUCUCCUCAUGUAGAAGGCCGGAGCUAAAUAGUUGAGAGCAAAACCACUCAACUCUGUUGAUCUACUCUUCAUAUAAAUAUAAGGCAUGUGCCUAGUUUUGAUACAGAAUGGAAUAUUUUUUAUAUCUGUGAUAUCACACUGGACCAGUUUACUGUAAUACAGCCCUGGUUCUCACACAGGGAAGGCAACCCACUAGUCAAUGCUGGCAUGGAGGAGUUGAGUUCUACCUUGAAGAGAGAGAAUCAGUUUUGUUAGCCCUAAUAUUAAUUUCAAAGCUACUGUUAAAAUGUUAAUGUGUACUGGGCCAAAUAAAGAGCAUAAUACAUUCUGCAGACUCCUUGGGAAAUAUGGUCAUCUUACUCUUUAUACAAGUGAAUUAAAACAUACAAACACUGUUACUAGGGAUGAACUCUUCUCCAAUGCCAAGUAAACUACAGUUGUUCAUGCAUAAUAUGGGGAUUUGUAAUACUAAAAUAAUGUUUAAAACAUGAUAGCCUCAAAAAGGCUGACAUACUGCCAGAUAUAAUGAACCUCUAGCCACUGUCAUUCUCAUCCUGUAUAUUUGUAGAUAACACAAAGACGCAAAGCUAAUUUCCAAGAACAGAUUACUUAACUAUUCUUGAUGCCAUUUUAAUAACAAUGUGGUUAUGUUUCUUUCAGGGGCAGUAUCUUAGAGCAAGAGGGGCAAGUUUUUCCAGAUUUUAGGAAUCUUUUUUAAUGGAGAGAAGACAGAAGUGGAACAUUAGUUCAGUACAAGUAACCUUUUGUUUGUUUUAUGUUUCCAAAGAAAUCCUCAAAAGACUGAGAAGUGAAAUUUUAUUCUUUAUCAUAAAUACCAUGAUUUUUAUUUUUAAAUUCUCAUCAAUUGCAAGAUACAACGUUGUUCAGCCACCUCUCAAAUUUUCCACCAGUUAUGAGCCAUAGGUUUGUCAUACAUGGUUGCUAGCAAAUACCAUUUUUAAAUGAUUGGCAUAAUCUGGGGAAAGGAGGACAAUGGCUAUAUCUAUGUUUAACCAAGAUGAAUAUGAAAAUAUUAUAAGACAGAACCUUCAGAUUAAUGUGAUUUGAGAGCCUGUGCUCAAUCUUUGUAUUAUAUUUCGGCAUUUUGAAACUAAAGUCAGGCUGACAUAUAAUAGGAUGCAGGUGCUUCUAAAAUUAGUACCCACAUCCUUUGCAGAGAUUUUAAAAGCAGGACAAAAAAAUCUUCCACUUCUAUCAAGGGAAAUGUGCCGAAAGUUGUAAAAUCCAGCUGCGCUCCCCAGAGGUACCCAUUACUUAGCUGCAGGACCCAAGGCUAGGCAGUUUUGAGAAUCUCUUUUUUUUAGUGGUUGAUCAUUUGUUGCAUCAUUGCUUUGUUUUAGGUUAUCAAACUGACAAGGUUGCCAGGGUUCAUAGAAUUUUUUUCACUUAACUUGGCUUUAAGUUUAGAGUUGGGUUUUCUUGCUUCCUUUUGUUUUAUGCUCUGAACUUGAUAGUUGGAGAUUUAUGGACAUGCUUGAUAAGAAUAGUCUUUGUUCUAUGACAUUCGUAGAACAUUAAUAUAAUGGAAUAACCCCUGACUAAAUUCUAACACCAGGGAAAUUAUUUUUGUUGACAUAAUAACCACUGCACUGAAGUCCAAAACUCUACUGUACCUUAAUGUGGGCAGUUAAAGAAACAAAUGGGGAUAAAACAAAAUGUUUCUGAACUGUCCCUUGAAGACAUUUGCAUGUGCCUUUCCCUCGUAAUUGUCAUUUUUUUCAACUAGUUACCUAUUGCCCCUGCAGUCAUUUCAUGUUAAAUGUUUAAAUCAGUGUUAGAUGCAAAAAUUCACCUAGGUUCUAGACAUUUUCAGCUGAUUUUUUCAUAUUAAAUGACACAAUUAAAAAAAUAAUCUCAAAAAACACCACCCUAGAAAACAUGUACUUUUAGGAUUAAAUAUGAGUUGCUGUAUUCCCUUAUUCCCUUGAAAUGACUCUAAGAAGUGAUUGCAGUUAGUGCACUGCAAGGACUUGUGAGCAGAAAUAUGCUUAGUUAUCUAUGUGAAUGUGUGCUGGUGAUGGAAAUCAUCACUUGCUGUUGCUGAGCACCACCUUGCAGAGCUGUCAGCAUUCUGUGUAUUGCCUUGAGUUCAGUCAGUAUUCAGUUUUUCAGAAUCAGUGUUUGUUCCCUGCCUCUAGCAAUGUUCUACUUUUUGCAGCCUAUUUAUUUCAGCAUGGACUUAACAAGGCAUAUGGCACCUCUUAACAGAAGUGAGGACAGCAAGACCCAGAGACGCUUUUUGUCUUGCUCCACAUAGUCUCCUUCUUAUGUAUUUGUGGGACACAUACUAACUAUGGCUCUUUUGGGUGAAUAAGGAAUACAGUGUCAAAGUCAGACCUAGACAAGAACCUUUUUGACAAUUCUUUUAAGAACAGUAGCUGAAUGCUUACCCUGCCUCUUGAAGGAGUCAAUUCUCUGCUAGAGAUCAAGGAGACGCACCGCAGUUUAUUUUACUGCAGGGGAGAAAAAGGACUGGGAUGUGAGAAGGCAUAUGACCCUCAUAGCUCCCCUAUCAUAUAUUCAGAAGCAGGUUGAUAGUGCAUACCUGGCACUAAAAGAGGAAUCAAUGGUUUUAACCUACCUCUGACUUACAUACCAGCUGGUCUCCAUGCUGACAGUAGCCUGAAUUUACCUGACAGCCAGUGCAACAACUCUGAGGAACAGCAAUAGUUCUGCGGAAAAGGAGAAAACCGAAAAUGUCAGGACCAGCAAAGCAACUUGAGAAAACAGGUACCAAAAUAUCCUUGUCAAUAACUCCUGUAAGAGCAAUGUCCGGGCCCCUUGCAAAUAUGUUUUGAAGUCUACUUGCACAGAUCAGUAUGAAGAUAAGAAUAGAUGAAUGUACAAGUGUUUACAGAAUCACAGUGAAUUACGGAAUCAUUUAGGUUGGAAAAGACCUUCAAGAUCAUCAUGUCUGACCUUUGAUUAAUCACCACCUUGACAACUAGACCAUAACACCAAGUGUCACACCCACUCAUUUACUGAACAGCCCCAAGGAUUGUGUCUCCACCACCUUCCUGGGCAGUCCAUUCCAAUGCUUAAAUACCCUUUUCAUGAAGAAAUUAUUUCAGAUGUCCAACUUGAACCUCUUCUGGUGCAGCUUGGCUCUCCUCCUAUCACUGGUUUCCUGGGAGAAGAGGCCGACCCUCACCUGGCUACAACCUCCUCCAAGGGAGUUGUAGUGAGUGAUAAGUUUCUUCUGAGCCCCCUUUUCUCCAGGCUGAAGACCUUCAGUUUCCUCAGCUACUCCUCAUAGGACUUACACUGUACACUCUCCCCUAGCUCUGUUGGCCUUCUCUGGACACAUUCCAGCACCUCAAUGUCCUUCUUUUGUAGUAAGUGAUGUAGAACUGGACACAGGACUUGA